UAGGACACGAAAACUGAUAUAUAAAUAUAAAUUUUCCGUUAAUAUGAAGUGUAAUCAAUAUCCUUGUAUGGAUUAUUUCUGAAAAAUUGGCUAGUUUAGCGUAAGUGAUCGAUGAACUUACCUUUAUUGAUGUAAUUGUUACAAGUUGACAUGGCAACGCGAGUUUAUUCCUAUUCGAGUCCGACUUUCUACAUACAUGAGAAUCGAGAAUGCGACACAAAUGUACUGAAGAAACAGUGAUCAAGAGUAUUUUCACGUUAUUUUAAAGGUAUUAAUCGAUUAGGUUUCAACAAUGGCAAUACGUGGAAAAAGUAAGAAAAAAGGCGGCGGAAAAACUAACGGAAAGAAUAAUGGAAAAAGUACUAAAGGAGGCAAUGGUAAUAAAAAUAAAGGAUCGAAGAAAUCGAGAAGAAGUGGUGGGAAAGCACGAUUUGGUAUGGAUAUUUUUAACGAAGAAGUGAUGGAAAAUGCAUAUUAUACAUGUCAUAACAUCAUGGACGUGCUUAAAUGCCGAGGUUUCCCAUGGCCAGAAGCACAGAAAAAGAAAAAAGGAAAAAGAAAGAAAUAAAUAAUUGAACUUGGAAAUAUGUGCUUCUAUGUGGAAAACAGUUUCAAUAUGAUAAUAUAAAUAAAU